AUGGCGCAACUCGACACCCUCGAUUUGGUAGUCUUGGCAGUGCUGUUGGUGGGUAGCGUUGCCUACUUCACCAAAGGCACUUACUGGGCUGUUGCCAAAGAUCCCUAUGCCUCGUCAGGCCCCGCCCUAAAUGGCGCCGCCAAAGCCGGCAAGUCUAGGAACAUUAUUGAGAAAAUGGAAGAAACAGGCAAGAACUGUGUGAUCUUCUAUGGAUCGCAGACUGGAACCGCCGAGGAUUAUGCCUCUCGAUUGGCAAAGGAAGGGUCUCAGCGAUUUGGCCUCAAGACCAUGGUCGCUGACCUCGAGGAUUAUGACUAUGAGAAUCUGGACCAGUUCCCUGAGGACAAGGUUGCAUUUUUCGUUCUGGCCACGUACGGCGAAGGUGAGCCCACCGACAACGCCGUUGAGUUCUAUCAGUUCGUCACCGGCGAGGAUAUCGCUUUCGAGAGUGGCGCUUCCGCCGACGACAAGCCGCUGUCUUCUCUCAAGUAUGUCGCUUUCGGUCUGGGUAACAACACCUAUGAGCACUAUAAUUCCAUGGUUCGCAACGUGGACGCCGCUUUCCAAAAACUCGGUGCCCAGCGGAUCGGCACUGCUGGUGAGGGUGAUGACGGCGCUGGUACCAUGGAGGAAGACUUUUUGGCCUGGAAGGAGCCCAUGUGGGCGGCGCUGUCUGAAGCAAUCGGUCUGGAAGAGCGAGAAGCUGUGUACGAGCCCGUCUUCUCUGUCACUGAAGACGAGUCCCUGAGCCCUGAGGAUGAGACCGUUUAUCUCGGCGAGGCUACCAAGGGCCAUCUCGAAGGCACUGCGAAAGGCCCAUUCUCCGCCCACAACCCUUACAUCGCCCCGAUCGUUGAGUCACGCGAGCUGUUCACCGUCAAGGACCGUAACUGCCUGCACAUGGAAAUCAGCAUUGCUGGAAGCAACUUGUCUUAUCAAACCGGUGAUCACAUCGCUGUCUGGCCCACCAACGCUGGCGCCGAGGUGGAUCGAUUCCUCCAAGUUUUCGGCCUCGAAGGAAAGAGACACUCGGUCAUCAACAUCAAGGGUAUCGAUGUGACCGCCAAGGUGCCAAUCCCCACGCCUACCACAUAUGAUGCCGCCGUUCGCUACUACCUGGAAGUCUGUGCCCCCGUUUCCCGUCAGUUCAUCUCAUCUCUGGCCGCCUUUGCCCCCGACGAGGAGAGCAAGGCGGAAAUUGUCCGUCUCGGUAGCGACAAGGAUUAUUUCCAUGAGAAGAUCACAAACCAGUGCUUCAACAUCGCUCAAGCUCUUCAGAGCAUCACGUCCAAGCCGUUCUCCACUGUUCCAUUCUCACUGCUUAUCGAAGGCCUCACUAAGCUGCAGCCUCGCUACUACUCUAUCUCCUCGUCGUCUCUCGUGCAGAAAGAUAAGAUCAGUAUCACUGCGGUCGUGGAGUCUGUUCGUUUGCCUGGCGCCACUCAUAUUGUCAAGGGUGUGACCACGAACUACCUCCUCGCACUCAAACAAAAGCAGAAUGGUGAUCCCUCUCCUGAUCCUCACGGACUGACUUACGAGAUCAACGGUCCCCGCAACAAGUAUGAUGGUAUUCAUGUCCCCGUGCACGUGCGCCACUCGAACUUUAAGCUGCCAUCUGAUCCUUCUCGCCCUGUUAUCAUGAUCGGACCUGGUACUGGUGUCGCGCCUUUCCGUGGAUUUAUCCAGGAACGGGCUGCCUUGGCUGCCAGAGGUGAAAAGGUUGGCCCAACGGUUUUGUUCUUUGGCUGCCGCAACCGUAACGAGGAUUUCAUGUACCAGGACGAAUGGAAGACUUACCAGGAGCAGCUUGGAGACGCACUGAAGAUCAUUACUGCUUUCUCUCGUGAAUCUUCCCAGAAGGUGUAUGUCCAGCACCGCUUGAGGGAGCACGCCGAACUCGUCAGUGAUCUCCUCAAACAGAAGGCUACCUUCUAUGUUUGUGGUGAUGCGGCGAACAUGGCACGUGAGGUUAACCUUGUUCUUGGCCAAAUCAUCGCUAAGCAGCGCGGUCUGCCUGCUGAAAAGGGUGAAGAGAUGGUUAAGCACAUGCGCAGCAGCGGUAGCUACCAGGAAGACGUGUGGUCAUGA